AUAUCCUACCAUAUGAAAAACUAGUGCCCAACUUGCUAUAUAACAACACAAAAUAAUCACCUCCUACAGCAGUAGCACUCGGACUAGUCCUUACAUAUACUCCUUCCGAGAUUUGUCUUCACAGCCAUCAUCCACAGUCUUAAGCGAGUCUCGUUAGACGCUGUGAGUUAUGGGGACAAGCUCCGUAGAGGAAGCAUGUGGCGAGAUGAGGAAGACGGGUCCGGUCCCGUCGCCCGAUCCGAAGAGUUUGCAGCGCGUCGGCAGCGGUGCAAGCGACGUCAUCGACCCGGAGGUCGGCGUCGAGGCCGAGUCCCGGAAGCUGCCGUCGUCUCACUACAAAGGCGUCGUCCCCCAGCCCAACGGCCGGUGGGGCGCGCAGAUCUACGAGAAGCACCAGCGCGUCUGGCUCGGCACCUUCAACGAGGAAGCGGAGGCCGCGUGCGCCUACGACGUCGCCGUGCAGCGGUUCCGCGGCCGCGACGCCAUCACCAACUUCAAGCCGCUGAACGACGCCGACAACGGCGACGCGGCCGAGCUCUCCUUUCUCGACUCUCAUUCCAAGGCCGAGAUCGUCGACAUGCUUCGAAAGCACACCUACCGCGACGAGCUACAGAAAAGCAGACUAUCCUUCUGUCUCGAUAGCAAGAAGACUGCUCCUCGCAGUGCACCUGUGACCGGCUUGCUUGUCGGAGCUCAGAGGCAGCACCUCUUCGACAAGGCGGUCACGCCGAGCGACGUCGGCAAGCUCAACCGGCUAGUGAUACCGAAGCAGCACGCCGAGAAGCACUUCCCUCUGCAGAAGACGGGCGCCGCCGCCGCCGCCGGCAAGGGAGUGAUGCUCAACUUCGAGGAUGCCUACGGGAAGGUGUGGCGGUUCCGGUACUCAUACUGGAACAGUAGCCAGAGCUACGUGCUAACGAAAGGCUGGAGCCGGUUCGUGAAGGAGAAAGGCCUCGAGGCCGGCGACGUCAUCACCUUCCACAGAUCGACCGACCCCGAGAAGCAGCUGUUCAUCGAUUCCACGGCGCGUGCUGGCCGAGGCAGCGCGGUAGCUCCGACUCAGAGGCCUCCUGUUCAAGUCGUUAGGCUCUUCGGCUUCAACAUUGUCAGAAAUCCGGCAGCGCCCGUCGGCGGCGAUGGAGUGGACGGGAAUGCUGCCUCCUGCGAAACCGGUAAGCGGAACAGAGAUCAUAUGAAGUCGAUAUCAUCACAAAGGAUGAUCAAGAGGCACUGCACCGAAGCUUUGUAGCUUUGCCAGUUUGGUUAGGUAGUCAUCACUUCAAGUGUUUGUGUAUAUUAAGAGGGGUGGAAAAGCCUAGUGAAGAGAAUGAUAGCAUCAGAAAUUUUAUUUCCUUUUUCUUGUAUUGUUCUGUUCUCUUGAUUCAAUCAGUUCAUAUGGACUGUUUGUGAAACUUGCUUUCGGUA